UUUGUUGGUUACAUAAUAUCAUGAAUUAAUAAAUACAAGUGGGACGUUAAUUCCCUAGGACCUGGUUUACCGACUGAGGUAAUAAGGUAUUAUGCUUUCUCUUUAGACUUCGUCAGUGGAGAGGAAAUGGGCAAAGAACCAGCCUAUGGGGUGACAAGACCUUAGGGCCAAAAGUCUUGAGUCGCCUGAGGGUGAAGGUUUGGGGCCUGCGCAGCUUCCCUACCAUGCCCUGCAAAGUCUCUCAUUCGCAAGGCUGGUGACAGUGGGAGCCUCAUUCCGGACUCUCCUAAAGCGCAUGGUGUUGUUCUCUUUCUCACUUGCGCGCGGUCGGAGAUGCUCGACGUCGCCCUUCCCAUUGCUCUCUUCCCAUCGGUCUCUUCCCCCUUCAAGUGUAUCGCAACUGCAAAAAGACCCGGCACAGGCACUCCAUUCUCUAAACCUAAUGCAUUUAACUAGCACAACUUACAGGUUACUCCAUCCCAGAGACUACCUUUUUCUCGAUAGACAUGGCCAUCAACCAACCAGCGGUCAGAAUCAGAGUCAGCCUCUGUCACGUUCCAAGGUCCUUGCCGAACUGGAAGGGCGGGGUCCCAGGAGCCUGAGAGUACAGUGGAGCCAUGCCUGACGUAAGUCAACAAAGAUCACGUGAUAUGAAUGAGUCCCCUAGAUUGGCUACAACUGACUCGUUGGAAGCGGGGAGGUCGUGGCGGCUGCGUGGGGUUCGCCCAUGACACAAUUACAACUUUGUGCUGGUGCUGGCAAAGUUUGUGAUUUUAAGAAAUUCUGCUGUGCUUUCCAGCACUGCAAGCUUCUGCCUUCCCUGUAGUUUCCGAGAUGUGAUCCAGGUAGCCGAGUUCCGCUGCCGGUGCUUUGGCUGCUUUCGGCUUUGCCUUAGGUUAUUUUUCAUUGCAGCCGCUGAGGAAGCCAUAAAAUUGGCGUCAUAGUCUCAAGCAGCGAUUGACGGCGUCUUUUCAAUUACUCGAUUAAGGUGGGGUAUCCACGUGGACUUGGAAAUUUGUUGCAUUUCCAUGAAUUCCUGCGGAGUGUCGCUCAGUGCCGCUGCUGUUGCCUUAGGUGAUGAGGCAAACAAAAUGGCGGCAGGAAAAGCGAGCCGCGACAGCGAAGAGGAGUCCCUUAGCCUGACAGUUGAGGAAAGGGAGGCGCUUGGUGGCAUGGACAGCCGCCUCUUCGGAUUCGUUAGGCUUCAUGAAGAUGGCGCCAGGAUGAAGACCCUACUAGGCAAGGCUGUUCGCUGCUGCGAAUCUUUAAUCCUAAAAGCUGAAGGAAAAGUGGACUCUGACUUCUUUUGCCAAUUAGGUCACUUCAACCUAUUGCUGGAAGAUUAUUCAAAAGCAUUAUCUGCAUAUCAGAGAUAUUACAGUUUACAGUCUGACUACUGGAAGAAUGCUGCAUUUUUAUAUGGCCUUGGUUUGGUCUACUUCUACUACAAUGCAUUUCAUUGGGCAAUUAAAGCAUUUCAAGAUGUGCUUUAUGUUGACCCCAGCUUUUGUCGAGCCAAGGAAAUUCAUUUACGGCUUGGGCUCAUGUUCAAAGUGAACACAGACUACAAGUCUAGUUUAAAGCAUUUUCAGUUAGCCUUGAUUGACUGUAAUCCAUGUACUUUGUCCAGUGCGGAAAUUCAAUUUCAUAUUGCCCAUUUGUAUGAAACCCAGAGGAAGUAUCAUUCUGCAAAGGAAGCAUAUGAACAACUUUUACAGACAGAAAACCUUCCUGCACAAGUAAAAGCAACUGUAUUGCAACAGUUAGGUUGGAUGCAUCAUAAUAUGGAUAUAGUAGGAGACAAAGCCUCAAAGGAAAGCUAUGCUAUUCAGUAUCUCCAAAAGUCACUGGAGGCAGAUCCUAAUUCUGGCCAAUCUUGGUAUUUUCUUGGAAGGUGUUACUCAAGUAUUGGGAAAGUUCAGGAUGCCUUUAUAUCUUACAGGCAAUCUAUUGAUAAAUCAGAAGCAAGUGCAGAUACAUGGUGUUCAAUAGGUGUGUUGUAUCAGCAGCAAAAUCAGCCUAUGGAUGCUUUACAGGCCUAUAUUUGUGCUGUACAAUUGGACCAUGGGCAUGCAACAGCCUGGAUGGACCUAGGUACUCUCUAUGAAUCCUGCAAUCAACCUCAGGAUGCCAUUAAAUGCUACCUAAAUGCAACUAGAAGCAAACGUUGUAGUAAUACCUCUACGCUUGCUGCAAGAAUUAAAUUUCUACAGGCUCAGUUGUGUAACCUUCUACAAAGUAGUCUACAGAAUAAAACUAAAUUACUUCCUAGUAUUGAGGAGGCAUGGAGCCUACCAAUCCCCGCAGAGCUUACCUCCAGGCAGGGUGCCAUGAACACAGCACAGCAGGCUUAUAGAGCUCAUGAUCCAAAUACUGAACCUGUAUUAAACCACAGUCAAACACCAAUUUUACAGCAAUCCUUGUCACUACACAUGAUUACUUCUAGCCAAGUAGAAGGCCUGUCCAGUCCUGCUAAGAAGAAAAGAACAUCUAGUCCAACAAAGAAUGGUUCUGAUAACUGGAAUGUUGUCCAGAGUCUUUCACAUCAUCCAGUACAGCAAGUUUAUUCGUUGUGUUUGACACCACAGAAAUUACAGCACUUGGAACAACUGCGUGCAAAUAGAGAUAAUUUAAAUCCAGCACAGAAGCGUCAGCUGGAACAGUUAGAAAGUCAGUUUGUCUUAAUGCAGCAAGUGAGACACAAAGGAGUUGCUCAGGUACGAACUACUGGAAUCAAUAAUGGGGCAACAGCUGAUUCGUCACUGCCUACAAACUCUGUCUCUGAUCGACAACCCCAUGCUGCUCUGACCAGAGUAUCUAGCGUCUCUCAGCCUGGAGUUCACCCUGCUUGCGUUGAAAAACUUUUGUCCAGUGGAGCUUUUUCUGCAGGCUGUAUUCCUUGUGGCACAUCAAAAAUUCUAGGAAGUACAGACACUGUCUUGCUAGGCAGUAACUGUAUAGCAGGAAGUGAAAGUAAUGGAAAUGUGCCUUACCUGCAGCAGAAUACACACACUCUACCUCAUAACCAUACAGACCUGAACAGCAGCAUAGAAGAGCCAUGGAGAAAACAACUAUCUAACUCCGCUCAGGGGCUUCAUAAGAGUCAGAGUUCAUGUGUGUCAGGACCUAAUGAAGAACAACCUGUGUUUUCCACUGAGUCUGCCCAGUAUCAGCAGGCAACUAGCACUGGUAUUAAGAAGCCAAAUGAACAUCUCACUCUGCCUAGUAAUUCAGUACCACAGAGGAAUGCUGACAGUCACCUCUCCUCUCAUAUUGCUACUUCAGGGGAACAUCAAGGCAUUAUUUUUACCAAAGAGAGCAAGCCUUCAAAAAAUAGAUCCUUGGUGUCUGAAACAAGCAGGCAUACUGGAGACACAUCUAAUGGCUGCGCUGAUGUCAAGGGACUUUCUAAUCAUGUUCAUCAGUUGAUAGCAGAUGCUGUUUCCAGUCCUAACCAUGGAGAUUCACCAAAUUUAUUAAUUGCAGACAAUCCUCAGCUCUCUGCCUUGUUGAUUGGAAAAGCCAAUGACAAUGUGGGUACUGGAACCUGUGACAAAGUCAAUAAUAUCCACCCAGCUGUUCAUACAAAGACUGAUCAUUCUGUUGCCUCUUCACCCUCUUCAGCCAUUUCCACAGCAACACCUUCUCCUAAAUCCACUGAGCAGGCAAGCAUAAACAGUGUUACCAGCCUUAACAGUCCUUACAGUGGAAUACACACAGUCAAUGGAGAGGGGCUGGAGAACUCACAGAGCUCUACAAAAGUAGAUCUGCCUUUAGUUAGCCACAGGUCUACUUCUCAGAUCAUACCAUCAAUGUCAGUGUCCAUAUGCCCCAGUUCAACAGAAGUUCUGAAAGCAUUCAGGAAUCUAGGUAAAAAUGGCUUGUCUAAUAGCUGCAUUUUGUUAGAUAGAUGUCCACCUCCAAGACCACCAACUUCACCAUACCCACCCUUGCCAAAGGACAAGUUGAAUCCACCCACACCUAGUAUUUAUUUGGAAAAUAAACGUGAUGCUUUCUUUCCUCCAUUACAUCAAUUUUGUACAAAUCCAAAAAACCCUGUUACAGUAAUACGUGGCCUUGCUGGAGCUCUUAAAUUAGAUCUUGGACUUUUCUCUACCAAAACUUUGGUAGAAGCUAACAAUGAACAUAUGGUAGAAGUGAGGACACAGUUGCUGCAACCAGCAGAUGAAAACUGGGAUCCCACUGGAACAAAGAAAAUCUGGCAUUGUGAAAGUAAUAGAUCUCAUACUACAAUUGCUAAAUAUGCACAAUACCAGGCUUCCUCCUUCCAGGAAUCAUUGAGAGAAGAAAAUGAGAAAAGAACACAACACAAAGAUCAUUCAGAUAAUGAAUCCACAUCUUCAGAGAAUUCUGGAAGGAGAAGGAAAGGACCGUUUAAAACCAUAAAAUUUGGGACCAACAUUGACCUCUCUGAUAACAAAAAGUGGAAGUUACAGUUACAUGAACUGACUAAACUUCCUGCUUUUGUGCGUGUGGUGUCAGCAGGAAAUCUUCUAAGCCACGUUGGACAUACCAUUCUGGGCAUGAAUACAGUACAACUAUAUAUGAAAGUUCCUGGGAGUCGGACACCAGGUCACCAAGAAAAUAACAACUUCUGCUCUGUUAACAUAAAUAUUGGUCCAGGAGAUUGUGAAUGGUUUGUUGUACCUGAGGAUUAUUGGGGUGUUCUAAAUGACUUCUGUGAAAAAAAUAAUUUGAAUUUUUUAAUGAGUUCUUGGUGGCCCAACCUUGAAGAUCUUUAUGAAGCAAAUGUUCCUGUGUAUAGAUUUAUUCAGCGACCUGGAGAUUUGGUCUGGAUAAAUGCAGGCACUGUACAUUGGGUUCAAGCUGUUGGCUGGUGCAAUAACAUUGCCUGGAAUGUUGGUCCACUUACAGCCUGCCAGUAUAAAUUGGCAGUGGAACGAUACGAAUGGAACAAAUUAAAAAGUGUGAAGUCACCGGUACCCAUGGUGCAUCUGUCCUGGAAUAUGGCACGAAAUAUCAAAGUGUCAGAUCCAAAGCUUUUUGAAAUGAUUAAGUAUUGUCUUUUGAAAAUUCUGAAGCAAUGUCAGACAUUGAGAGAAGCUCUUGUUGCAGCAGGAAAGGAGGUUAUAUGGCAUGGGCGGACAAAUGAUGAACCAGCUCAUUACUGUAGCAUUUGUGAGGUGGAGGUUUUUAAUCUGCUUUUUGUCACUAAUGAAAGCAAUACCCAGAAAACCUACAUAGUACAUUGCCAAGAUUGUGCACGAAAAACAAGCAGAAGUUUGGAAAAUUUUGUGGUGCUCGAACAGUACAAAAUAGAGGACCUAAUCCAAGUUUAUGAUCAAUUUACACUAGCUCUUUCAUUAUCAUCCUCAUCUUGAUAUUGUUCCAUGAAUAUUAAAUGAGAUAAUUUCUGCUCUUCAGGAAAUUUCUGCACCACUGGGUUUGUAGCUGUUUCAUAAAACUGUUGACUAAAAGCUAUGUCUAUGCAACCUUCCAAGAAUAGUAUGUCAAGCAACUGGACACAGAGUGCUGCCUCUACUUCAGGACUUAACAUGCUGACUCAGCUGUACUUCAGAAAAAUAAUAUUAAUCAUAUGUUUUGUGUACAUAUGACAAAACUGUCAAAGUGGCACAGAAGACUGACUUGAAGAUAGCCUUUUUCAUGUCUCUGUAUUUCUGGGCUGAUGAAUUAAUAUUCAUUUGUAUUUAACCCUGCAGAAUUUUCCUUAGUUAAAAACACUUUCCUAGCUGGUCAUUUCUUCAUAAGAUAGCAAAUUUAAAUGUCUUCUUGAUCAGCUUUUUAAAAAAUGUGUACUAUUACCUGAGGAAGUUUUUUACUGCUUUGUGUUUUUGUGUGUUUUGAGGCCAUGAUGAUUACAUUUGUGUUUCCAAAAUAAUUUUUUUCAAUAUUAAUAGCCCAUAUACAAAGAUAAUGGAUUGCACAUAGACAAAGAAAUAAACUUCAGAUUUGUGAUUUUUGUUUCUAGUCUUGAUACAGAUUUACACUAUUUAUAAAUACAUAUUUAUUGCUUAAAAAUAUUUGUGAAUGGAAUGUUGUUUUUUUCCAGACUUAACUGCCAUUACAUACUAAGGAGUUCUGUAAUUUUAAACACUACUCCUAUUAAAUUUUAUAUGUGUAAAUAAAACUGCGUAGUAUUAUACAGAAAUUUUUAUUAAAAUUGUUAAAUAUUUAAAGGAUUUUCCAUUGUUUGAGUUUAAAAAAGACUUUCUGAUAAAAUACACUUUUUGUUCAUUUUCAAACCUAACAAUUAUAUGUAUUUUAUAUGUGUGUGUGUACACACGUAUAAUAUAUACAGAAACCUCAAUAUAUAAUUGUAUAGAUUUAAAAAGUUAAUUUUUUACAUCUAUGAUAGUUUUUGAGGUGCCUGUUAUAAAGUAUUACUCACAGAAGUAUGCUAUUUUUAAAGUAAAUGUCUUUUAGUGUGAUUUAUUAAGUUGUAGUCACCAUAGUGAUAGCCCAUAAAUAAUUGCUGGCAAAUGUAUUUUAUAAUAGUAGAAAACAUAUAGUGAGUGAAGUAAAGAUUUUAAAGUAAACAUUAUGUAGAUUUGAUAAAUCUUGUUUAUAAUUAAGAGUUUCUUAUGGAAAAGAUUCAGAAUGAUGACCUCUUGUUUUAGAGAACAACUAAGUGACUUAUUUUUUAAAGCUAGAUGACUUUGAAAUGCUAUACUGUCCUGCUUGUACAACAUGAUUUGGGGUGAAGGGAAAGAAAGCAUUAAAAAAUCUAUAUCGCUACUAAAUUGUAAUAAGUUUGAUUAAAACUUUUAUUUCAUAUGAAAAACUUGCUAAUUUAAUAUUACCUCAUUUGGUAAUAAUACUUGUCUUUUCUACCUCUCC